ACUUCUUGCAGAACCUAUUUCACUUCCGGUGGGCUGCUAUCCGGUACGAAUCAGGAAGCUGUUUUAUCCGUUUGCCAUUCUCGUAUCGUGUCAUUCGUACCCAUGUUCACUCUAAAAUUACUGGCUGUUCGCAAGCAUAAAGGUUAUAUUCUAUCGCUUGAAAAACCAAUCAAUAAUGAUCCUCAAGAAAUUAAAAAACGAUGCGAUUUUUAUCCCCGGAUUAAGUACAAUAGAUAUAUUGUACGGCAUAAAACUCUUACGCUUGCUUGUUAUUUUAUUGUUUUCAGAGAGAAAACCGGAAGAUAUACAUUUAGUCGUUCGUGA